AUGGAUAUUGAUCAAAUAGUGGGUUAUUUAUGGAGCCAAAUCACUCUUAUACAAUGUCUAGGGUUCCUUUUUUUGGGCAUUACCAGGCACGUGCUAUGGUUAGCUUUGGUGACCCUAACUUUUACAUGGAAACUGAUUCAUGAGCUCAUAGUAGAUUACAAUACCUCGAGCAAAUGGCCUGGAAUCACCAGUAAUGAUAUAGCACUUGUCACUGGAGGAAGCCAUGGGUUAGGAAGAGCUAUAGUGAACAACUUACUAGAGAAGAACGUCAAGAAGGUGAUUAUUUUUGAUAUUGAGCCUCCUGGUAGUAGUGAUGCUCGCUGCGAGUACGUUAAAUGUGAUUUGAAUGACUCCAACGACCUCAGCACUAAGAUUGAUAGGCUCGUCGGUGAGUUGGCGUCUAAGGAUCAACAUAUCAGUAUACUUGUUAACAAUGCUGGUAUUCGGAUCAACGGAUCGGUGCUUGAAGUCAGUGAAGACGACAUUAACAGAUCAAUGCAAAUCAACUUUGUAUCGCCUGUAUUGCUCAUACAACGAGUGAUCAAGCAGUACAUGGCAAAGAACAAUGGUACGACUACUACUACUACUACCGGUUCCACCAGUACUGCUGCUAUGUCUCCAUUGACUAUUGUUAGCGUUGCCUCUGUACUCGGAUGGAUAUCACCGUGUAGACUAUCGCUAUAUUCUGCGGCCAAGGCGGCCCUCAUCAACGCUAACCAAUCGUUGAUGCGAGAAUUAAAAGCUUACGACCAAAUAAGAAUUUUGUAUGCUACGCCGGGCCAAUUGGACACACGGAUGUUCGCCGACGUCGAGCCACCCAAACAAUUCUUUGCACCGGUAGUGAAGCGGGACGACUUGGCUAAGGCCAUUGUUGAUAGAAUAGAACGGGGACAACAGGGUAAUCUAUGUAGACCCCUUUACACCAAUGUUGUUCCGUUGGUAUCGGCCUUGCCGUUACCGCUACAGGACCUAAUAAGAGACAUUACAGGGAUAGACAAGUGUAUAUAG